AUGGCGGAUCUUCCCGAGGGGGCCGAGGCCGGGACGAAGGCGAAAGAAAAACAGAAAAACAAAAAGAAAGCGGCGACAGUUGAUGAAUCUGAACUUCUCACUGUGCCAGAUGGAUGGAAAGAGCCACCCUUUACAAGAGAAGAUAAUCCAAAAGGGCUGCUGGAAGAAAGCAGUUUUGCAACUUUAUUUCCAAAGUAUAGAGAAGCGUACUUGAAAGACUGCUGGCCACUUGUCCAGAAAGCCUUGAGUGAGCAUUAUGUGAAGGCAACGCUGGAUCUAAUUGAAGGAAGCAUGACUGUCGCUACAACCAAGAAGACUUUCGAUCCCUACGCAAUCAUCAGGGCUAGAGAUUUGAUAAAACUUCUGGCAAGAAGCGUUCCAUUUGAACAGGCAGUUCGUAUCCUUCAAGAUGAUGUUGCAUGUGACAUCAUUAAAAUAGGCUCUCUGGUGAGGAAGAGAGACACUUUCAUAAAAAGGAGAGGACGACUUCUUGGGCCAAAAGGAUCUACUCUGAAGGCCCUGGAACUGUUAACAAACUGUUACAUUAUGGUGCAAGGCAACACUGUUUCAGCUCUUGGUCCCUUUAGUGGGCUAAAAGAGGUUAGAAAAGUUGUUCUGGACACAAUGAAGAACAUACAUCCCAUAUAUAACAUUAAGACUUUAAUGAUCAAAAGGGAAUUAUCGAAAGAUCCUGAACUGAGGUCACAAAGUUGGGAAAGGUUUUUGCCAAAGUUCAAGAGGAAGAACUUGAAAAAACGCAAGGAGCCAAAGAAGAAGAAUACUAAGAAGGAGUACACACCAUUCCCACCUCCACAGCCAGAAAGCCAGGUUGAUAAAGAAUUGGCAAGUGGUGAGUACUUCUUGAAAGAAAGACAGAAGAAACGAAAGCGCAUGGAAGAGAUAAAGGCAAAGCAAGCAGAUGCAGUCAAGAAAAGACAAGAAGAAAGAGAGAAAGCUUUUAUCCCACCAAAGGAAAAGCCAGUUGUGAAAACAAAGAAAGCCUCCACUGAGAAAAAAAUUGAUAUUGAAUCCAUCAAGGAAAAGGUAAAAAAUGCAAAAAAGAAGAAAUUGGGAGCACUUCCUGUGGAAGAAGUCAAGUUAAAAAUGGCAGUAGAUGAAAAGAAGAAGAAGAAAAAGAAGUAAUUCAGAUCCUGUGAUGCUCACUUUUCUCCAACAUUAAUGAACGUUUUCCCACUUGGAAGAAUUGAGACUUCUUGCUGUCAGGUUAAUCUGGACAAGAAAAGACUAGGUAGGAAGAUCAUUCUCUUUUCAUAAGUGCAGUUUAAUUAGUGGUCCUAAAGCAGCUGAGUAGAAUUUCCAGGGUUGGUGAAGAAAAUGCAUUGUUUGUGUUGUUUGAGUAAGUGAGCAUGUGUAUUUGGAUAAUAUUCAUCCACCUAAAGAAAAGGUUUCUUAAUAGAAGCAUUUAGGAGUUUGACACAGGAUAUUAACACAUUAGGGUCAGAGAACUCCAUGGGUGUUUAAGGUAAUUCUUCUGUGAAAGACUACCAGACUACACACAUGCUCAGUUCACAGUGAUAACUUAUGCAGAAUGGGCAAGAUGUAUUGCUAUAUUGUGCUUUUGUUUUUCUAAAACCUGA